ACAAAAUUAUAAUGGGUUCUAGUCCGAAACUUUCUUUAUCUAAACUUCGACGCAAGCCACGAGAGCCUCUAGAAUUGCAAACACCGACACUCGAAUCUUUAGUUUCCAUCCCAUUUCACUGGGAGGAGGCACCGGGAAAGCCCAGAACCACCGCCACCAUUCCAUCGCCACCACCUAAUGACAAAACUGCCCGCAGGUGCUUAGACCUUCCUCCUAGAUUGUUGAAUGAUGCAGCAAAAAUUACCAAUACACCCUCCCCGACAACCGUUUUGGAUGGAGCUUAUUUGGGUCCAUCUGUGUCUCGGACUUUAUCGUUUUCUUUCCGAAAAGUGUGGCACGGGGGCUCGGAAGAGAGGUCCAAGAAGGGAGGGAGUGGUGUUAAGGACAGGUUGAGCUUUGGUUCUUGGAGAUGGGAGAGCUUCGAGGAAGACACGAAAGUUGUUAGGGAUAAUUUUGACAUUUCAGUUAGUGUAAAUAAUGCUUGUGAGCCUGAAAUUAGCAGGAGAAGCAGCUUCUUGACUUUCUCUAGCAAGAAGUCAUUGUGGGUUAGUGUCAAAAAUCUUUUUGAUAGGAUUAUAUAAAUAAAAUUUUAAGAAUUCAUCGAUCUGAUUUUA